CCAGAGCCGGCGAGAGGACGCUGGCGGGCGGACUAGAGCGGCGCGGCCCGGCGGGAAGGAGGCGACCCGGCCAUGGAGGACGAGCGGAGCUUCUCGGAUAUUUGCGGUGGCCGCCUGGCCCUGCAGCGCCGCUACUACUCCCCGUCCUGCCGGGAGUUCUGCCUCAGCUGCCCUCGGCUUUCGUUGCGCUCGCUCACCGCUGUCACCUGCACCGUGUGGCUAGCGGCCUACGGACUCUUCACCCUCUGCGAGAACAGCAUGAUACUCUCUGCUGCCAUCUUCAUCACCCUCUUAGGCCUGCUUGGUUACCUCCAUUUUGUCAAGAUUGAUCAGGAGACUCUGUUAAUCAUUGACUCCCUUGGCAUCCAGAUGACUUCAUCCUAUGCCUCAGGCAAAGAAAGCACUACCUUCAUAGAGAUGGGCAAGGUGAAGGAUGUGGUCAUCAAUGAGGCUAUUUACAUGCAGAAGGUGAUUUACUACCUUUGCAUUUUAUUGAAGGAUCCAAUGGAACCACAUGGGAUAUCCCAAGUAGUACCUGUCUUCCAGAGUGCCAAGCCCCGCCUGGACUGCUUGAUUGAAGUGUACAGGAGCUGCCAGGAGAUCCUGGCACACCAGAAAGCCACAUCAGCAAGUCCAUGAGUCCCAGCAUUUCAGAAGGCCAGUAUUGUCUUCCAUGGGCGAUGACUCCUAAGCCAUAGUGGCUGGUUUAUUUUCUGUAUUCUAAACCAUCAGGUGGACACAGUCCUAGGAACCAGUAUGGAUGCAGUGGAUCUCAGAGCCAUAGAGCAGGUGACUGGGAACCUAACUCGUGUGAUGUUGAGCAAAGUAUUUAUGUCUAUUUUAGUGAUCCCCUUGUAAGGUUUUGCCUACUUUAUCAAUUGAGGGGAGACCUUAAGCGAUAUGUCAAAAGUAACGUUGACAAAGAGCGCUUUGUGAAAUUCCUAAGCACCUUCAGGUUUACACUUUGUAGAGAUUUGUGGUGGAAGGCAAUGGGAAACUGACAUCAGAUCUCUUAAGAAACAAUUUCCAACUACACAGUACCCCUGUAUAAAAGUCAAGCCCUUCAGGUUCUGGUGAGUAGGAAGAAAUGUCCUACAAAAGACUAGUCUCUGUCCACCUAGCUCCUGUGUUCUGUACAGGGUUAAUUUAUGAUGACUGUCUUAAUAAACCGAUCUCCUUCCAAAACAUACACA